UGACUGGUAAACGUAUGGGCUUUACAGAUGUAUUGUAGCCCAUUAGGCGAAGCCCUUUUGCAGUCUUGGCCUCAUGUCUGAAUUGCGACAACUGAUCCCUUCAAUCUCCACCUUUGUCUCUAUUCAGCUUUCCAUCGCCACCAUCGCCGAUCCAUCUCAUCCCAAUCCUCAAUUGACCUUGAGAUUCUUCCGAUCCUCCUUGAUUCAGCUCAACCCCUUUAGAUAUGACCGUUUAGCUUCAAGUGGAUCUAUUCAUCGAUGUCUCCUUCGUCUCCUUUACCGAGGACGUGGUUUGACUACGACUCGCCAUUACAGCUCCCAGUGAUGCGUUGUGAGCUGAGUCAUCUGCUCCGCUUGACCACGAUAGCUUGCUGACUCUAUAUUUGGAGAGUUGUCGACUAGUCUCCUUCUCAUAUAAGCUUCAACCCGGAUGCUCAACAUAACUGCCACAGAUUUCUCAGAUCUACCUCUGAAGUGUCUUGACUCUCACAGUUAUCUCCAACACUCUGACUGCCUCGGAUUCAGAUUCUGCCGACUGAAACUGAGACUGUUCUACUUCUGUAUAUGACCUGCUCCUUCCUUUCGCAUCUGCAGUUGCUGAAGGAGAAACCAGAUUCCAGCAAGAUGAACCAUCAGUGUUAAGUAACCUUCCUCUUUCCUUAGAAUUUUGACCAUUCUACAACCAUCUCAAACUUUACCAUCUGAAACUGCAUCAUUCUGUCGAUUUCCAUUUAUGUUGUUACCGAUACUGACCUUCUGCAAUAUCUGUUUUAGGUCCAUUUUGUGAGACUCUCAAAUCGACUAGAGAAGUCCCUGGACCAUUAUGGCUUGCUUACGCUGUGAAGUUUAGAAGUGCCAAGCACUUCUCAAAACUGUUUCCAGGUGCAAAGAUCUCGUUGUAGUCUACUCCUUCAAUUUGAGUGAAGCCUUUAGCCACAAGUCGGGCCUUGUACCUAGGAUCUUCCACACCAGGUUAAAGAACUCAAUCCCGUUGUCGGUCCUGAGGCACUUUAUCUUCCUCUUGGUUUGAUUCUCAACCAGGAUUUUCCACUCUGAGAAGUGAUCGAAGACCUCGUCUUUGGUUCUCUGGAAUCUUAUCCACACCUUUCUCGAGAAGUCAUCUAUGAAGGUGAGGAAAUACUUGCAACCUGACAGGCUUGGCUCAUUUGAGACUGACCCCCACAAGUCACUGUGGAUAUACUCCAGUACACUGGUUGAUGUAUGUCUCCCUUCUGGAAAGCUCUGCUUAUGCGUUUUCCCAAACACGCAUUCCUCACAGAAAUCUAGCGUGUGUACUUCCUUCGAGCUCAGCCGUUCUUCUCUAGUUGGCCAUAGGAGAUGAGGUUUCUGCCCAUUGUUGGCAUGUAUCUCACAUCGCUCAAGAUCACCGUUGAGCCAUCAGAGUUUAUGAUCUUGAGUUUUCCUAUGCCUUUGACUUCACUAUGGGUGUUGUUACCCAUCAGGACCUUCCCACCGUUUAUCUCUUUGAAGUCAAAUAACAGAUCCUUCUCUGGAGUUAUGUGAAAGUUAACUCACCAGGAGAUUUCACUGGUUUUGUCUCCGGUUCAUCAUCCUUUAGAGCACCUUUCUCAGAUGACGAACUUGGCUUAUCUUCCUCCAGGACACUGUCUAGUCCCGAGUUCUCAAGCUGCAUUUGCAUCUUAAAUUUCCACAACCCGAAGUCUCCUUUGCCAUCAAACUUCUCCACAUCAAUUUUGAUCUUCGUGGAUUGCAUGGCUUCUCACCGGAUCCUCCUCCUGUGACCCACCAGCUGCAGAUCAGAAACUGACAACCGUAUCCACUGCAAUAGCCUGAUGCUCUGAUACCACUUGUGAGUUAAAGAACACAAGACAAUUUGGUAACCCAGUUCCCUUUCGGUACGCCUGGGGAGAGACUGUGCUUUCAAGAUCCACUAAUGUCAAAGAACCUGAGAAGAGAUACUACCAACGCUAGCUGACACUGUGAUCACCAAGCAACACAACCUGAUCAGCACUUGAGUAUCUUCACCGCCACUCUCAUGCUAUUGUUGUUAUCGCUAGAUGUAUUGUAGCCCAUUAGGCGAAGCCCUUUUGCAGUCUUGGCCUCAUGUCUGAAUUGCGACAACUGAUCCCUUCACAGUGGAGCAGGCAAUGGUUUUGGCUCAGUGCCUUUUAAUUGAGAAGGCUAGUCGGAGCGAUGAGAUGCAGAUUUUAUUUAUAUAUCAACAGGCGAGACAGCUGGCAGAUGUGGGAGAACUUCAGCCAUGUAGCUAUGGAUGUGGGAAAUAUUGAUCAGACCUUUGAAGCUAUACAACAGAUACUGAGAAUGAGCAAAAACAAGAGGAUUGAUGUUGUUUUAUUAGACCGCAUAAUGACAGAGUUAGAAAAUAGGGAUUCAGUAUGCAAGUCAGCAUCUUCAUCGGUUGAAUCAGUAGAAACAGAACCGUGUGCUGCAACACCAGCUGAAACUCAACGUCAGUUAGAGUUGCUUGGGAAAAUUAUUCAGCAGAUUGUCCGGACAGAAAAUACAUCUGAAAUUUGGGGAUUGUAUGCAAGAUGGAGUAGAAUCAAAGGAGAUCUUAUGGUAUGCAGCGAGGCACUGUUGAAGCAAGUGCGAUCAUAUCAGGGAUCAGAAGUGUGGAAAGACAAAGAGCGUUUCAAGUUGUUUGCAAGAGCAUCAUUGGAACUUUGCAGAGUCUACAUGGAGAUCUCAGUGUCCACAGCAAGCAGCAGAGAACUCUUUAGUGCUGAGAUGCAUUUGAAGAACACAAUCAAACAAGCCACAGUGAGCUUCUCGGAGAGUGAGGAAUUGAAGGAGCUUGAAAGUUGUCUUGAGGAGGUGAGAGAUCUUAUACAGAAGAGUGGAGAGGCUACGAAUACUAAAACAUGAAGGAAGCAAAGACUUGUCUACUAUAUAGAUAGGUUAGUCCCUGACUAUGGUUCCUGUGUGUUUGUAACAUUUAUCAUUUUUCUUGUUUGUGUCAUAGACGAUUUUGAGAUAACAGCGUUAUGGUUCUUAUAGCAUAAAGAUUUUGGGGACGAUCUAUAGAUUAAUAGAAAAAAAUUAGAAGUGUUUUACAGUUA